UUCAUAUCCAAAUUUCAAACCUCAAUUGCUGCUAAUGAACUGCCCAUAACACUUAUACAUCCCAUAUAAUAUUCUUCUAUACGGAGUACCUUCCACAUAUCCUAUAAUCACAAUGCGAACCCGCUCAAGCGCUCCAUCGGAGCAACCUCAAUCCCCUCCAUCCACCUCCGAUCACCAAACAACAGCAGCAGCAUCAACAUCAGCACCGCCAGCGCAAUCCACCCCCAAGAAAACCUUCAUCCUCCCCUCCACCGCCAGCGCCGACGCACGCUUCCUCACCCUCCCCAACCCGCGAAGCGCCGAACCAACCCGCUACUUCUUCGAUCCCAAACUCGGCGUAUACGAAUUCACCGUCCUCUCAUCUCCUCCCUCCGCACCCCGAAGCACCCUCCUCGUGCGCAACUCCGAUCCCUCCUCAUCCACAUCCCAACCCCCAGCACAUAUCUCCAAGAAAGCCGAACUCCUCCUCGCCACCCCAAUCGACAUCCUCUUCUUCCUCAUCCCCAUCCUCACCGCAAACACCAAACAAAACAACCUUUUCCAACCUCUAGACGACAUCAUCGACUCGCUGGACGAGGAUCUCCUCCCACCUCACCUCCGCCAUGUGUUAUACGACGAAACCUUCCGCGGGACACUGCACGCCCGCGCCGCUGCGAUAAGCGACUCCGUUGAAGCGGGCGACGAGAAGAUGUUCCGGUUCAACGAGACGAAACUUCUCCAGGAACUUGUCGCGAAGGCGGAUAGGAUGGUUAAUGCGGGGUUGCCUCCGAGUCUUGAAGAGAGGUUUGUGAGACAGGCGCUGGCGACGCCGUUGAUGGCGGUGAAGAGGGAUGAUGUGGCCACUACGGGGGAGAAUAAAGAGAAUGAGGGCGAAGAUAAGAACGAGGAGAAGGGAACGGAGGAGAAGACCACCACAAACAACGAAGAUGCAAAGGAGGAUCUCCCAGAAGGCGUAAAGGUUCCUGAAGGCGUAGCCAACCUCUUACGGAUAUCUGUGGCGUUAUCAUUCAUGAAAGAAUGCUAUCUGUCCAAGGAGAUGAGCGCGCGGAUAGACGAAUUACUAGCUGCGCCGGAGAGUCCGAAGGAUUUCAAGCCGAUGCGAGAUCAUUUGGACCUUGUGGCGAAACUGAGGGCGGAGGCGCUGGCGUCGAGGUCGCUGGGUGAUUUCUCUCGGAAGAGGAGUGUUGAGGAUCAGGAGGCUGCGGAAUCGAGGGCGGAGAAGAAGCGCAGGAUGGAGGAAGAGGAAAAGAAGAAGAAGGCGAAUGAGUCGAGGGGAGUCCGGGAUCUGAAAAAGGUUAAUACGACGGGGAUGAAGAAGAUGAGUGAUUUCUUCGGAAAGGCGGCUGCGAAGAAGAAGGCGUGAGAGAUAAGGGGUUUUGGUUAUGUUGCGAUUAUAUGCUUCGCCAUUACUCUGGGUGAUGGCGCACUUUGGAGUCUUGGGAAGACGCUAUCGGGACUGCAAAGGUCCGUACUCCAGCAGGAUGCAUAGAAUCCUAAGGUAUUCCGUUACCCUCCUCGAGCCCUGGGCGUAGUGACCUGGCUUUCUGGUUGCGACGUAUCCUGCGAUUGAGACAGAAACUUGCAGGCACUCGUCACUGCUUCUGUCUCUAAGCAGGAAAUAUUUCUAAAAGAUGAUCCCGUCACAAAGAUAAUCCCAUUUGUACAUAGACUCUCACACGAUAUACACAAGCGCAUGGACUUCCAAUUGGACACCAAAAGUCGCGAUUGAGUUUGCAAUCUGCAAGGGAAAAAAAGCCAACGCUGAAUGAUCCAAGUUCAUGAUGCCAACCAUAUGAC